AAACCAGAUGCCCGUCCAGUCGUGCCCCACGUAAGAGACGCAAAAGGUGACUGACCACCAAGGGAAGAAAGUGAUGUGGGCGGCGGCGCUGCCAGCGGCGGCGGCGGCGAUGGUGGUGGCAGUGGCAGUCUUCCAUAUUUGGUCAAGGAGACGCAAUGGGGUUGCAUGGGGUGAGAGUGGGCGUAUCAAGUAGGGACAGGGCAGGGAGUAAGGUGGUCGGCUACCCCACCCCUUUCUUACACCUCUCCCAGGGGAGGGGCCGCCUCUAGUCCUUAGCGCGCAAAGAUAAGAUAUAACCCAUUGCCUUGACCUGACUCUCAAUGGCAGCCCAUCUCAAAGACCAAACCCACCCUCCUCCCCAGCCCACCAAAGCUAGGAGAGGGAGGCGAAGGGAGACCACCAUCUCCACAAACGUUUCCUCUGCCUCCUUCCCCUCCCCAGACCCUUCCCUCUCUGCACCAACGCCGAGGAAAGAGCCGCCGGCCGUCUCCCCAGACGACACCUGGUGCUGUGCUCCACCGCACCGACGGACCGCCACUAACACUCCCAGCCACCCAUCGCAAGACCAGAGGCACCAAGAGCCGGAAACCACCACCAGACCCGCGCCGGAAGCCAGCGAAGUCUCUUCCUCCGUUAGGCAGGGCUUCGUUCCAGACCGACAGUCUUCCUCCCCAUUUCGAGUUCCGGUCUCUCCCGGCCGAGUCUCUCCUCUCAUGGACCCUUCCUCCUCCUACCCUUCCAGCUAUAGCAAGUUCAACUCCGCGCUCAAUGCGGGGCUCCUCAACCCCAUGUCGCCUCCCCCAUCCAUCGACAAGACUCGGUCGAGUCCGACCCUCUUCGAGAUGAUGACCAGUGAGCCGGAUUGCCGUUCCAGAAACCAGCCCCCUUCUGGCAGCAUCACCGUUGCCGCCGUGGCCGGCGGCAAACUGCCUCCCCACGUGAUGACCGUCCAGGAGAAGCACCUGUUGAUGCAGGAAAGGGUUAACGACAUCUUGGGGAGCUCGAGCCCCGGCAGCCGGUUCAACGACGCCGGAUCGAGCGAUGUGAAGCUUACCCUGAGCUCUAAGGACGGGUUCAGCGUCUCCUUGAACGUCCACCGCCACAUACUCGUCUCGCACAGCCGGUUCUUUGCCUCGAAGCUCUCGGAUAGGUGGUCGAAGCAGCAGAAGUCGCUACCCCACCUGGUGGAGAUCUCGGAUUGUGACGAUGUGGAGAUCUAUUUGGAGACUCUGCGUCUCAUGUACUGUGAAGAUCUCAAGAGGAGGUUAAUGAGGGAGGACGUCUCCAAAGUUUUGGAGAUACUCAAGGUAUCUGCAGCAAUUGUAUUUGAGGCGGGUAUUUUAGCAUGUCUAGAAUACUUGGAAGCGGCACCAUGGGCAGAAGAUGAAGAAGAGAAGGUGGCAGCACUACUGUCCCAGUUGCAGCUUGAUAGCACAAAUGCAGCGGGAGAAGUGUUAAAGAGGGUGUCUUUGGAAACUCCAGUAUCUUCGGAAGACGAAAUAGUGGUGAGACUCCUCGACGUGGUGCUUCAAGGCAAAGAUGAAAAGGCCAGGAGGGAGAUGAAAGGGUUGGUGUCUAAGAUGCUGAGAGAGAACUCUUCCCAUAGCAGUACCAACAACACCAAUCUCCUCGAUGUCAGCAAGGAAUCACUCUAUGCUGCUUGUAGCUCUUGCUUGGACCUUCUUUUCUGCAACUUCACAAAGGCUACUCAAGUGGGAUUCAUGGAUAAGAGCAACCAUGAAGAAAGAAGUGCAGUCGUGAAUGAGAUUUCUCGGCAAGCCGAUAAUCUCAACUGGGUGCUGGAGAUCCUGAUCGAUCGACAAAUUGCUGAGGAUUUCACGAAGAUGUGGGCAAGUCAGGUUGAACUUGCAAAGUUGCACGCCAUGGUCCCAACAAUGUAUAGAUUUGAGGUGAGCAGGCUGACUGCUAGGCUGUGUGUGGGGAUUGGAAAGGGUCAGAUUUUGGCACCCAAGGAAGUGCGCAUCUUGUUGUUGCAGACAUGGCUUGAGCCUCUCUAUGAGGAUUUUGGGUGGAUGAAGCGGGGGUGCAAAUCGAUUGAUCGGAAUGUGGUCGAAGAGGGUCUUAGUCAGACAAUUCUUACAUUGCCAUUGUCUCAGCAACAGGCAAUUUUGAUGAAUUGGUUUAACCGAUUCCUGAAUUCUGGUGACGAAUGUCCGAAUAUUCAGAGAGCGUUCGAAGUGUGGUGGCGGAGGGCUUUCUGGAAGAGAAAUGGGGAGACUGACCGGCGCAGGCAGUUACAGAUUGCAACAAUGCGGGUUUAUGAGAAUGGCGGGUGAAAGAAUAUCCUGCGGCUUCAAUAUGAAGUUGGAAACAGUUUUCCCUCGAAAUUUUCUUUGGAAAAUGAUUUCGUUGAUGGAUGAAAUAUUUUUGGAUUGUUCUGUUGGCUUGUUAUGUAACGGGAAAGAAAAAUGGUAAACAGAUGAAGUUGAGAUGAUGGAUAGAGACUGGUGAUUGAGACGUCUGACAUGAAUCAUAACAGCUUAAUUCAAGAAGACUGCGAAGGGUAACUUCAUCCUGGAUGAAUGGUAAGACUAUGACAGGAGCUAAAAGAAUUGUGUUCGUUGGGAAGUUAUGAGGAUGAAGAUGGUGGAAUUACUAAGUAUCCUUUUCUGUUUUUUUCCCCUGAUUCCUCCCUGGCACGGCUUUUUGAUGGUUCCAUGUUUCAUUUUUGACGCCGGAGGGAGUUUUCUUCUUCCAUGCUUUGGAUGUAUAGUGAAUUAGUGUAUCCUGAUAUCAUUUUGUUUCUAAUAAUUUGAGUGGUUGAUUGGUUCUCUCCU